AUGGCCACGGCUGAAAUCAAGUGGAGUGGGCCAAGCUACAACGUCUUCCGACGAAACUGCUGCCACUUUGCUGACGAGGUGUGCGAGAUUCUCGGUGUUGGCAACAUCCCAGAGUGGACCUACCGCCUCGCCAACAUCGGCAGCACUGCGGCCGAGGUGAUCCGGGUGCUGGAUGCGCCUGGCCUGCUGCCCUUGAGCUACAGUCAUGCUAACACAGCUCCGCCUGCUGUAGCAGAUGCUCCUGCUAUCGCCCGGGACACGUCUGAACACAUGAAUGUGUGA